AUACGUGUAUGUGUUUCGGUCACCCAAAAAAAUGAUCGAUCCCAUUUGGUUUGCAGCAAGGCACUGUGAAAUCCAAUCUGGAUGCAUGCCUAAUCGCCAUCCCCUCCGCUCCACGCCGAUUCUCAACUCUCAACAUUCCGAUGUUUGCUGCAACGCUGGGAACCGUCUCAGCUCAUUCCUUUCUCUCUCAGUUCGGCUCCAUCGAUGCUUCUCACGCUCAUUCAAGCUCCGCCUCCACCUCCCUUGUAAUCCACAGGCCCCUCUUUAAACAACCUUCCAACUUCCCUGCCGGAGCUUCCCUCUCUCAGUCGAGUUUCGGAGUUCUCGAUACUUCACCUGCUUCGCCGGAAUCAGUUCGACGCGCUCAGGUGCAUGUGAAUGUGCAGCAAAUAAUUCAGAAAAAGAGGAACCUUUUUGUCAGAUACAGCAACAGGGCUGGUAGGUUUUUUGGUCUCAGUAAGAAUCCAUCUGCUAGUGCAGCAGUGGUUACUGCAACGUCCUCAGCAUCUGUGGGCGUUGGGGCUGCUCUGGAGGUGCAAGAAAUACGGGAGAGAUCCAACAAGUGGCAAUGGAACCAGUACUCCAUAAACUAUUUCGUUUCUCAUUAUCAACCUUCUCAACAGCAACAUCAAUCAAGUGUAGAUCCUCCUGUCGUCCUUUUAGUUCAUGGAUUUGGAGCUUCUAUUCCUCAUUGGCGCAGGAAUAUUAGCGCAUUGUCUCAAUACUCAACUGUCUAUGCCAUCGACCUUCUUGGCUUUGGUGCAUCUGAUAAGCCUGCCGGCUUUGCAUAUACCAUGGAAACAUGGGCUGAUUUGAUAUUGGAUUUUGUGAAAGACAUCAUUAAGAGACCAACUGUGCUAGUGGGUAACUCAGUGGGAAGCCUUGCUUGUGUGAUUGCUGCUUCAGAUUCUAGUCGCAAUCUAGUUCGAGGACUUGUGCUCUUAAACUGUGCUGGUGGCAUGAACAAUAAAGCAAUUGUUGACGAUUGGAGGAUCAAACUGUUAUUACCUUUGCUUUGGCUGGUCGAUUUCUUAUUGAAUCAACGGAGAAUUGCUUCAGCUCUGUUUGAGCGUGUCAAGAAGAGAGAUAGCUUGAGGAACAUUUUGUCGUCCGUAUAUGGAAACAAGGAAAAUGUGGAUGAAGAUCUGAUAGAUAUAAUAUUAGAACCAGCCAAUGACGAAGGGGCACUUGAUGCAUUCGUUUCAAUCGUAACGGGGCCACCAGGGCCGAGCCCAGUGCAACUAAUGCCAAAAAUUUCCGUGCCUGUUUUGAUUUUAUGGGGAGAUGAAGAUCCAUUCACGCCACUUGAUGGUCCUGUUGGGAAGUACUUCUCCAAGUUAUCUAUGGAAGCUCCAAAUGUCAGUCUUUGUGUGUUGGAAGGGGUAGGACAUUGCCCUCAUGAUGACAGGCCUGAAUUAGUGCAUGAAAAGCUCCUUCCAUGGCUGGCUCAGCUUCAUGCUUUGUAACAAGUUUUUCUGCAUCCACAAGAUCAUAGGUGUAUCUGUUUGUAUAGCCAAAUUACCAGCUUUUCUGCAGUCAAGUUGGUAUAUCAUUCAAAAUGUCAGUCAUAGUUUGAUAUUAUUUAAUUGUAAAGGGAAAAAUUCGCAAUUCUUAGGUCAAACAAUUGCCAAUGAUCAUGUAUUUUGUACCACAUUUUCUCACUAAAUAGACGAUUGCCUGUAAUAUAUAUAGUACCUUUGUCUUUGCAUGUUAGUAUAUGGGCGAAUGUAAUAUGGUACCUUCGGCU